AUACCGCCGUGCCUUGUUGCACAUAAAGACUUUGGGACGUGACACUAGCCGAGGUUUAACCACAGGUCCCUGGGGUUGUUGUUUCUGGCCGGUCGCUUCAAGAGGAGAGCACACGGGUUGCUUCGGAGCAAGCGCAGAGAGAGCGGAAUGUGGAGUGUCGUGGCCAUUUGAAAGUAACGGAAGUGCAGCGAGCUGGAGAGUGGGCGCGCGCGAUGGGUGGGAGAAACAAGCAGCGAACGAAAGGCAAUGUGCGGCCAUCAAGCAGUGGUAAAGCAGCUGAGCUGCUGGCUAAAGACAAGGGAACAGUUCCAGGCUUUACUGGGUUUGGAGCCAACCAGAAUGAACUGGGUUAUGUUCCUGCAGUCCAAGGCUUUGAAGAAGUGGAUAGUUUGGUAGAUGCUGACUUUCGAUUGGUUCUACGCAAAAUGUCGAAACGAGAUGCAACAACAAAAUUAAAAGCUGUACAAGAGUUUGGAGCAAUGUGCAAAGAGAAGCACCUUGAGAAUAUUAAAGGAGUUCUUCCUUACUGGUCAAGGAUUUACUGCAAAAUUUCUUUGGACCAUGAUCGUCGGGUUCGAGAAGCAGUACAGCAAGCAUUUGAAAUACUCGUCCUUCAAGUGAAACGAAACUUAGCACCUUAUUUGAAGAGUAUUAUGGGACACUGGCUUAUUGCACAAUGUGAUACCUACAAUCCGGCAGCCUCGGCCGCAAAAGUAGCAUUUCAAGUUGCAUUUCCACUAAACAAACAGCCAGAGGCUGUGGCUUUUUGUAAAGAAGAAAUUAUGAAUAUCAUAUGUGAUUACAUCUUGAAGGAAACUCCAGAGACCCUCAGUGAUCCACAAAGUGUUCCAGAGGAAGAAAGGGAAGAAAAAUACAUAAGGAUUGUCACAAGCUCACUUCUGGCUCUGAAAAAGCUACUUGACCUUCUCCCUGAAAAUGAGAAUGUUGUCCUGAAGAACAGACUAUUGGCUAUUCUAUCACCGUCCAAGUUCUGGAAAUACAGCAAACACAAAACCCCACAGAUCCGCUCAGCUUUCUUUGAAUUGAUUAUUGCUUUUUGCCAAUACUUGCCUGAGCUGAUGAAGUUUGAAGCUGCACGAGUGUGUCCCGCUGUGCUACUGAAUAUAGAUGACAUGGAUCCAGUCGUAUGCCCUUCUGUGUGGGCGGCAGCACUUUAUGUGCUCACCUGUAUUGAGGAUUGCUGGGUCCAUGUAAACGCAAAGAAAGGAGUUUUGCCAAAGUUAUGGGCAGUUCUUAAAGAAGGUGGUCGUGGCCUGGCUACUUCUGUUUAUCCAAGUCUUUUACCAUUCAUCAGCAAGAUACCCGAAGAAGUAAUUGGAUCAAAGAUAGAGUUUUUCACUCUGUUCUUCAAUACUGUUAGCAAGGGAUUACAGAGCGAAUGUGCCUUGAUGAGCUGCAGUGAGAGUUCAGCAAUUGUAUCAGCAUUCAUGGAAUGCUUAUGCUUCACUGUGCACCAAAAUCUUGGAAACAUUGAGGAUCACCAAAAACUCCAACAGAUGCUCAUAAAUGAACAGCUGCUACCUCUUUUAAAUUUUGCUUUGAAGAAUCCCAAGCUGCAAAGUGGCACUUUCUCCAAACUUGCAGACACUCUUGCCUCAUGGGAAAGACGAACUGAUAAUUCAGAUAUAGAAGAGUGGGCUGCUGCAUACAAACGACUGUUAUCUGAUUUUUGGAAAGGUCUUUCUCAAGCCUGCAUAUCUCAGUUGGGCAGCACUGAAGUUGAUGAAAAUGUAUUAGAAGGGAUCUCCUCUUUACUUAAAUGCAUGGGAAAGCCUAAGGGGACAACAGAACAGUCUGUGAGAAGGAAAGGUAAAAUCAGAUUUAUCGAUCAAGAAGAAACUCAAGAUUAUGAAAGCAAUGCUACAAACCACCUGGAAGAAUUAAUUUUUGGAACAAAGAAUACAUUGGAAUCUGAAAAUUUGGAGGAUUCUUCAAGACAACGUCAGGACAGCCAUCCUGCCAGAACAGUGCCUUUGGAAGCCCUAAUCUGUGAACUUGCCAAACUGAGCAUGACCUUUAUUAAUGAACAGAACUCCGAAAUGCAUCUUGUGUUCUUGACUACACUCAUUAGCUCAUUUCCAUCAACAAAGCUAUUCACUAUUUUGCUGGAAAAUGAUAAACCAGGGAGUGCUGAAUCUUUCUUUGAAACAAGAAAUGAAGUGAAAGCGAUGGCAAGUAACCCUGCUGUACGGUUUCUGACUCAGAAACUACUAGUCUGGGUGAAAGAAGAUAAAACUGACUUAGGUUUUUUGGUUGAUAUGCUCUACAGUGUCCUUCAUUGCUGUGAUAAUAAUGAAAGGAAGAUAAUACUGAACCAAAUCUCUCAGAUGGAGCAAGGCUGGCUCCUCGUGUUCCACAUCGUACAAAAGGCAUGUUUGGAUCAAGUUAAGUAUGCUGCUGUUUCUGAUUGGUUGAAAGGAGAAGUACUUGGUGAGAAAUUGGUCUUAUUGGCAGAUGAGCUCUGUACAAUGGGAAAAACAAGUUCUUGGCCAAAAGAUGCCCACUCACAAAGCUGGGUGUUACUUAGCCUAGCUCUGUCGAAGCACUUCAGUAAUGAGUUCUUGAUCGAUGAGUUGUAUAUUGAAAGGAUAAUCGACAGACUGCACAAUGCGCUUUCUAAGGAUCUUUCUAAGGACCUGUCUAAAACUCAAGCUCUGGAGCCAAUGCUUUCCUUCAUUUGUGAUUUGGCGUCUAAUUUUUUCUGCUCCAUCAAGGGGUGUUUGCAGAUGUCUACAGCUGAAGAUCUUCUUUCCACAAUCUUCCAGCUCUGUGCCCAAAGCCAGGAGAAGACUCAUCUCUCAGAUGCUGAUCUGCAAAAACUACAACAAACCUGGUUGCUAGGAUUAACAUCACUAAUCAAACAACAAGAUGGGAAUUUUAGAAAAUGUGGUUUCUUUCAUAGCUCUGCAAUAUGGUUGAAAACUCAAGUCCAAGCAUCAACGUUGGAUGUGAAGAGCCUCCAAGUGCUUCUUACGUGCACUUCUUCUUUGCUGGAUAAGCUGAAAGCGGCUCAGCCUUUACCUCGUGGUCAUCUCAUAACAUUUAUUGAAUGCAUUGUUCCAAAUAAUUCAGAAUGGGAAAAUCUGAGGCAGAAACUAACUCCACAGUGGCUGAGUAAAGUAUUGCUGAUGGAGCGGUUGAGUCUGAACAAAGAUGCUCUGUGUGUUGGUGCUGAUAUUUACUCUUCUGACAAGAUACCAAGUCAUUUGUGUAUCACAGCAUUAUUAAACUUCGUGCUGUUACAUAUAUUAGAAGCCAAUGUAUUCAGUGAACAGGAAGAAAUUCAUUCAGUCCUGUCUACAUCAGAAAUUGCUGCAGAAAUGCUGUAUUCUUUGCAGUGGUGUGAAGAAAUGAAAGACUUUUGUCCUACUAUUGAAAAGUAUCGUGAAAUGCUACUUCAAUUUGAAAUUACUCAUGAGAGACUGAUGAAAGCAUGCAGCGCAUUGUCUGAAACUCUCUUUAGCAGAUCAUUACAGAGUGGAUUGCUCUGGGCUUUAACUGCAUCUCAAUUUAUCACCCAAACCAAGGUUAUUGGUGGUUGCGAACUAAAACAGUUGUACAUUACAGUGGACAGAUUUUUCCCUUUGACUGAGGCAUGUCUGCACACAAUUCAGUGCAUUGCUCCAUCUCUUCUCCAGGAAGAUAAAAAUCUUCUUGUGACACAGUGUGCUGCAAAACUUUCUACAAGCAAGGGCACAGAUAUUACCAACCUUAACGGAGGGUUUGGAUGCCUUGUUGUUAUAAAUAGCUGCCUACAGAAAGGAACCAAUGUGGAAGAUCACCAUAUAGAUGGCCAGUUGUUUAUAGAUGUAUUAAAUACAAUUAUGGAAUGGAGAAGCUAUGAAGAAGAAAUAUUUUUGUUUGAUUGUAAUUUGAAGUGCCCUGACUCCACUUUGCUUGGAAUCAAUGUGGAAAUUUUACGCUUUCUGAGAUUGCUGAUCAAACAUUUUCCAACUUCAGUAACAAGUGAACAGUGGGACUUCAUCAUGUGCUCUGUUUUGACAUGGUUGGAGACUAUGAGUGAAAUUGUAUCACUUUCUUCCAAGCCAUUGGUGCUGCAUUUUGUUUGCCAGAUUUGUGGCAUGCUGUCAGACCUUGGCCGCAUGUUUCAUGCAAUAACACCAGAAAUAGGCACAGCUUUUCCUCCUAACCUUACAAAUGAAUGGAACAACUUCUUUGUGGAAGGAGCAUAUGGACAGUUGUUACCACUGUUCCUAAAAAUUGCAGCUGAGUGCAAAGGAACCAUUCUUCUCCCUUCAUCAAUGUAUCUGUUAACAGCCUUGGGUGAAGCUUCUGCACUUAUUCCAUUGAAGCAGCUGAUGAAUCACAGUUUGCCACAUAAGUUCAUUGCUGGUCAGAAGACUAAUUUACCUGAUAAACUUCAGUCGAUCCUGAACACUUUGGCUCCAUUGCUGCUCUGUAAGGCUCGGCCUGUGCAAAUUACAAUCUACCUUAUAUUGCACAAGUUAAUGCCAGGACUACCUGCCUUUGACAAUGAAUAUUUGAAAUCGUAUGAUGACAAUGGGAAUGAUGAAGAAUAUGUUUUAUCACCACCUGCAGCACUUAUGUCAGUAAUUGGUAUUCGGGAGGAAGAUUUGGAAAAUAUUUUCUAUAACAUUCCAGUUGGAGAGCACACAGAUAUUAAACCACUAAGUGAAGCUUAUUAUUCUGUUCUGGGAUAUCUGCUUACAUGGAAGCUUCUUCUAACAUUUUUCAAAGCAUCUCCAUCUGAGUUGCGGGCCAUAUAUGCAACUUAUCUUCGCAAAAGUAAAUGCCUACACAAAUUACUGCAACAUCUCUUCAGAUUGAUGCCAGAAAAUCCAACUAUUUCUGGACAGAGUGCUGAUUCUACCAGUAAAGGUCAACGGACACUAUUCAGUGAGAAACAUACCAUUCUUCUCAAAGAGACAGAAACCUUGAACACAGAGAUUCCCAAGUUGGCUUGUGCAGUGUAUUACAGCGUAUUGGAAGACUUGCCAGCCACAGUUCGACUUUGGUGGAAUAAUCAAGACAAGCGUGUAUCCAGCACAGUGGAUAAAUACACAAGUAGACAUGUUAGCAGUAUCCUUUCUUCACAGGAAAUUUCAGCUGUGCAAACCAGUACACAGUCAUUCAAGAGCAUGGUGGUGAAAGCUCGUCCUGUGGCCCGAGAGGUACUUGCUACUUAUUCUGUGGAUGACAUAUUCAUUGAGCUCAUUAUACAGUUACCAACAAACUAUCCCCUUGGAUCAAUCACUGUAGAAAGUGGGAAGCGAGUUGGUGUGGCUGUCCAGCAGUGGCGCCACUGGAUGUUGCAGCUAAAUACAUUUCUUAAUCUUCAGAAUGGGAGCAUCAUAGAAGGCCUUGCAUUGUGGAAGAGCAAUGUUGACAAACGAUUCGAAGGAACAGAGGAAUGCAUGAUCUGCUUCUCAGUAAUCCAUGGCUCUAACUAUUCGCUUCCGAAGAAAGCCUGCAGAACCUGCAAAAAAAAGUUCCACUCAGCCUGCUUGUACAGGUGGUUUACUUCAAGUAACAAAUCAUCAUGCCCACUAUGUCGAGAGACGUUCUUUUGAGACAGUUUGGCUACUCUUCUGAUAAAGCGCCAUACACCAAUCAAGGCUAUUUGGAGGGUCAGCAAGUGGCAAUAUUUGAAUAUCACAGCAGAAUUUCACAGUAUAUUUGUACACUUAGCCUCUAAUCCAAAAUAUAAUCUUGAUGUAUUUAUGUGAAUUAACACUUGACAAAAAGCAUCAGUAAUUUUCCACAAUUAAAUUAAUCAAUUAAAUGAAUGGUAAUAUAUUAAAAGAUUAUUUACCAAUUUAUUUUAAGAUAAGUCUCCAUGCUCCAAUUGUCUUUCUGGUUUGUGGCAACUUGCCUAUUUUUCUUAAUUGGUGCUAUUGUGGAUCAGCUACUGGGGAAUAAAUGCACAAAAGUGUUGUCAGAAUGAA